AUUCACUACUCUUUCCCAUUCAAUAGUGUGGUUGCGUGGCUAUAAUUAAUUUUGAAUUGUGUUCAAUAAUCUUUUUUAUAACAAUUGCAAGCGUUAGGGACACGCAAUUAUCCUUUACUCAACAAAACACUACGAACGUUAAACAAAUAAGACAUUUUCGCAUCCUUUGAAAUACCGAAUUGUCAGCGAAAACAUAGCAAGAUUGGGACGGUAAUUUCGUAAAUUCCUUUGUCGUCGUGCGAAGAAAACCUAGAGUGUGAAAAACGUGAUUUUGUGAACGAGACGAAGAAAAGAAAGCGUAAAAAAUCCACAAAAUAAAGUGUAAAUGCAAUAAAGUAAACCGUAAGGGAAGAGUUAAAGUGCGUGGUGUAAUCAGAAGAUUACUUUUGCAUAAAGAAACAGGGCCGAGUCUGUUACAAAAUACAAUAGCGACACAGAAAAAUUCCGUAGAAAAAAUCCGUUGAAGGUUAUCUUUUUUGGAUUGGUUUUCUAAAAUCGAAUCACCGGAGUGCAAGAGAGUGAGUGAGUGAACGAGCGUGUUGUUGCUGCUGCUGCUGCGUACGUGUGUGUGAGUGCGCGUAGAAGUAAACCGGAGUGUACCGCCUCAAUCGAAGUGGAUUAAAAAAGAAAGACGAAAGGCAACACAAACACACAAAUUGCAAAAAAAAACAUAAAACAAAAAUGGCUCAGGAAAACUCAGAUAUGUCCACAAAAUUCUCAACAUUAAAUGUCAAUGCUGCGGAAUUCGUCCCAAGUUUUGGUAGUUUCAGUGCAGCAGUGGUCAGUUCGAUAAACAGUGACAGUCCGGCUGUUGCUGCCACCGCCGCCGCCGCCACCACAAUUGCCCCCAUGGACACAACCAGCGUGCCUGCUUCAGCCAGCGGCACUCCUGCCACCACACCUAAUUCGGAUGCAUCUGUAUCGGGUUCCAUAAAUGCUCUAAAUCAGGCCGGCGAUGUGCCGCCAGCGGAGUCACCGAUGCAAACGUCACCUGUAAAGACUGCGGCCCCUGUGGAAAAUAUCAAUACAGCCGAUAAAAUUGCAGCUAACAAUGAAAAUGAUCCUGCCGACAGUUGGGAUGUUGAAGAUGAACCCGUCAUAACGCCUGAUGAGGAUGAAAUCGAUGAUGUUGAAGAUGUUGAGGGUGAUGCCACACCAAAGGUAUCCAAGAAGAAAAUACCAAAAGUUGAAGAAUCACGAAGCAAAAAGGAACAUGUGAAUGUCGUUUUCAUUGGCCAUGUUGAUGCUGGUAAAUCAACAAUUGGUGGUCAAAUCAUGUCCUUGACUGGCAUGGUAGAUAAACGUACUCUGGAGAAAUACGAACGUGAGGCUCGUGAAAAGUCCCGUGAAAGUUGGUAUCUGUCAUGGGCACUGGACACAAAUCAAGAGGAACGUGACAAAGGCAAAACUGUUGAAGUGGGCCGAGCCUAUUUCGAAACAGAGCGUAAACAUUUUACAAUUUUGGAUGCUCCUGGUCACAAGAGUUUUGUACCAAAUAUGAUUGGUGGUGCCGCGCAAGCUGAUUUAGCUGUAUUGGUUAUUUCAGCGCGAAAAGGUGAAUUCGAAACUGGUUUCGAUCGUGGUGGGCAAACACGCGAACACGCUAUGUUGGCCAAGACAGCUGGUGUUAAGCAUUUGGUGGUACUGGUUAAUAAAAUGGACGACCCAACAGUGAACUGGGAUGAGGCGCGUUACAACGAAUGUAAAGACAAGAUCCUUCCUUACCUCAAAAAGCUUGGUUUUAAUCCUGCUAAGGAUCUAACCUUUAUGCCAUGCUCUGGAUUAAGUGGAGCCGGUUUGCGUGAUCCUAUUCCCGAUUCCAUAUGUCCCUGGUUUAGUGGACCAGCGUUCAUUCCCUUCAUCGAUUUGUUGCCUUCACUUAACCGCAAAGCCGAUGGGCCAUUCAUUAUGCCCAUUGUAGACAAAUACAAGGAUAUGGGAACGGUGGUCAUGGGUAAGGUGGAGUCGGGUACAGCGCGAAAGGGUCAAAAUUUAUUAGUCAUGCCUAAUAGGACACAAGUUGCGGUUGAUCAACUUUGGUCGGAUGACGAUGAAGUCACAUCUGUGGGUCCGGGUGAAAAUGUUAAAAUUAAACUGAAGGGCAUUGAAGAAGAAGAUGUCUCACCUGGUUUCGUUUUAUGUGACGCCUCCAAUCCUAUUAAAACCGGCAAAAUAUUUGACGCUCAAGUUGUCAUUUUAGAGCACAAAUCAAUUAUCUGUGCUGGUUAUUCGGCGGUAAUGCACAUACAUUGUGCAGCUGAAGAAGUAACUGUAAAAGCCCUCAUUUGCUUGGUUGAUAAAAAGACCGGCGAUAAAUCAAAAUCACGUCCAAGAUUCGUCAAACAAGAUCAGGUGGCAAUUAUGAGAAUUGAAUGUUCCGGUAUGAUUUGCUUAGAACAAUUUAAACUAUUCCCACAAAUGGGAAGAUUUACUCUGAGAGAUGAAAAUAAAACAAUUGCUAUUGGCAAAGUAUUGAAGGUGAUCGAGUAAAUUGAGCCAAGCUUAAUUUUUAUUUUUCUUGAGUGCUUCAAGCCCCGCCUUUUUUUAAAAACAAAUGAAAAAUAAUAUUAAAAACAAAAAAAAAAAAAAACAACAUAUUAACAUCUAAUUUUAAUAGGCUUUUUAAGCCCAGCCGUCAAACAUAGGAAACAAUUGAAAGCCGUAAGUGGAGAACUACCAGAUGAAAACAACAUAAAAUUUCGAGAUAAAAAAAAAAUCAUUGCAAAAACCUACCAACACCUAUCUUUAAAAUCGAAAUAAACAGAACUUGAACUUUAUUAAAAAUAAAAACAAACGAAACGAAGGAAAAAACAAGGAUCUUUAAUAAAUUAUAAAAGAAAAAACAAAAAAAAAAGAAAUAAACAUGAGAAAAAACAAAAUUAAAGAAAAAGCGUGUCGUAUAAAAAAUAUAUAUUAUAUUAUUACUAUUAUUGAAUAUUUAAAAAAGGAAAAAAAGAAAAGAAAACAAACCAGAAUAGAAUUAUAUAUGAGUAUCGUAAUUAUUUAAUUUUUUUUGUUAACUUAAAGUAUAUACAACAACAGCAACCAAUUGGAAAACGAGUGAAGGAAUUAUUUACAAAAAAAAAAAAAAAACACAAAAAAUAAGAAUACUACAGCUGCUGAAACUGCAAAAAGAAGAAAGAAAAAACCUACUCUCAAUUUUACAAAACAAACGAACUGAACAAGAAGAAAACCAUCAUCAUUUAUUAUGUAUAAGAAAAUAAAUAACAAAAAUCUUGUUUUCCUUGUGCUGCUCUCGGUUCCCAAAAUUCAAUCAAAUCAAAUGUAGAAAAUUUAAAUACAUUUUUACAUAGCAGGUGGUUUUUGGUUUUUUUGUUUUGGGACAACUGCAUAACUUUUUGGUUUUGCUAUUCUUAUUUAUUUUGCGCAAUAAAACAACCCAAUGUUCAUCAAAAGGUGAACCGGAAGUUGAAGAAGAACAACACACUUAAUGAUAACACCAAUCACAUUCACUCAUGAAAAAAACAACAAAAACAAAACAAAACAAAACAAAAAGGAAUGAAGUAUAAAUAAAAGAAGAGAAAUUCUUUAAACCAGAACAAGAACAACAACAAACUAAUAGUCACUAAAUUACCAUUAAGCAAUUUGCAAAGGCCUAUCUACAACACAACAGUCACAGUUAAUAUUUGUUCUAAAUAUACCUUAUUUUUUUGAAUUAGUUGGAUGAUGAUAUAGAACAUUAUAUUAUAUACAUGUAUAAAACUAAUUUUGAAUCCAUAAUAAUUCCCCCAUGUUAUCUAUACGCAUCCAUGUGCUUUAGUUAAUGGUGAAAGGAAAAACCAUUGGCAGUUUUUGCUAAUCCCCUUUCUACUUCUCCUACUCGUAAAAUUAUUUUUUGGUCCUCUCCUUAUUACCACCCACAAACGAUACAUGCAAUUGCUUUAAAUUUAAAAUUCAAAAUUAAAUCAAAACAUAUAAGAAUCCGAUUUUUUA